UGUAUCUCUGACUCCAACGUUCAGACAUUUCAGUGUUUUGGCGGGUGUUGAACCGUUAUACAAUUUGUGUGUUUGGCGGUGUGUUUUUGCCGGCUAGCUUGAAGAAAUGUGUUAAUGUCCGUGUGUUCCAGCCAGUUUCGAAGAAAACAUGAAUGAAGGAAAGAAAAUCUGUUCUAGAAGAAUAUUGUCAGCAGUUACGUGGACUAUAAUAUUUGAGAUAUUGUUAGCGUGUGCUUUCCUCGCUGUUAUUCACUUCGAUUUCUGGAGCCCCUUGACAUGGAUGGUGGAUGCUGUAACUGUGCUAGUUUCACCAAAAACCUGGGUAUUUUUUAUUCCAGUGAUGACAUGUACGGUUUCAUUUGGAUACCUUCAUGGCUCAGAGUUUGCAAACGUUACUCCUUAUACUCCAAACAGAAUAUCGUGCAUUCAGCGCACUCUCACGUUACAUAAUGGUUGUUUGGCACUGUCACUUUUACUGCUUAGUACGUUUUCAUCGUUUUUUUAUUUAUCGGUAGUUAAUGAGAGGUCCCCCAGUACAACAGGAACUGGUGGAAGCUCUGUGGUCGAAGAAAAUCUAUAUCUCAUUGUUGGUAGCGUGUUUGUGGGGGUAUAUAUUUUCUUAACAGAAUGUAUAUUACAAGCGAAUGCUCUACAAUAUCCAGUUGUGCAACAGUUGAGGUUAAUUCAAAUCAAAGAAGAAUUUCUCAAUCUAUUGAAACAAUCCAUAAUCAGAAGUAUAUCACCAGUUGUAAUGUUUGCCGUGUUGUAUUUCAUCUCUGGCAGUGCUUUAAGAAAUUGUAUAUCAAACCUCUUGUCUUUGAAAAUUGCAGGAAAUGCAUCUUUUAACGUCAUGGUUGUAUGUUACUUUUAUGGGCUGACAUUCUUUUAUGUUUUUGCUGUCACAGCAGGCAAAUACUUGUUAAACUUGCAUCUUACUGAAAGAUAUGUGUUUCCAAUUGUAAUAAAUGAGAGCAACACAGACAAAAUUAAACUUGCAGACGCCAUGGCUCUGCAACAGUUACCAUUAAUACAAAAUUUGGCAUAUUUAGACCUCAAGUUAUUAGCAGAGAAUGACUUGUUACGUCGACAGCAAUUAUAUAUUUUAAGUCAACCUGGUGGUCAUCCAUACAACUGGAAUGGGGUUAUUUCAGAAUGCAUAAAGUUAAUUAAAUCAUACACAGAAUAUAUCAAUUUAGCUUGUAUGGAAAUGUCUGGAGAAAAAUGUGCUGGCGUAUCUUCACAAAAGAGAGAGACUCCACAGCCAACAUUACCUAAAGCUAACAGUGUGUCCAUGCGAAACUUAUCUUUAGUGUCAUUAAAUGAGUCUGUUCAAGAAUCCGUGUCUCCACUUGGUAGUAAUAUUUCUUUUUCUGAUGCAAUAAAGUCAUACUGGACUCAAAUUGUAGAUUACAUAUCCAAAAAUACUGUGAUUUCAUAUUUUUGUGGUGGUGUCCCAGAUUCAAGACUUCACUGGACCUUAUCUCAAGCAUACCCUGUUAUUUGGGCAGCUCAAGGACUAGCUUUUAUUACAACAGCAUCCUUCAAAGAGGAUGAUUAUGGUAUUUCUCUCAGAGACCUUCCUAAUAUAAUAAUCUCUCUUGUUAAUCUAAAUAGGGCUGUAAUAAAAAUACCAAAGUUUGUUGUGCAGAAAAAGACUAGGUACGUGGAAGCAAGAAGCAACAGAAUGAAACAAGCACUCAAAAGUGCAUUAGAACGCAGUCUCUUCAAGCUAAUUAUUACAUAUGACAUUUAUUUGAGGGAGAUAAAGCUGCCAGUUGAUAUCUUCCAAGAGCUGCAGAAUUUUAGGAAUCAGCUGGAAGGUUAAAUAAUGCAAAGUACUUGCCCCACAAGCUUUUCCUUGAAAGUAUGUUUUUGUGAGCUUUACAUCAAGAAAAUUUUGCUCAAAAUGAAAUUAAGUCUGAAUACAAUUUAUUGAACUUCUAAAUGUUGUCUCUUUCCAAUAUGUUAUGUAUAUUUUUACUUAUGAUGUUGAAUGUGUGUGUUUGUAGUGAUUAAAUGCUACAACUAUUUUGUAUGUUUUAUAAGGUCAUUGUUGCAAUUUUAAAUAAAAUGUGAUUUUUUUCCUUAUAGUGUUGGUAGUGAUACUGUUUAUAAAACUAAUGAAAAUUGCAUUUUAGUGUAGAUUUAUUUUUACUGUGGUGAACUUAUAUUUUUUGCCAUACCUGUUGUACUAAAUAGUACGCUGCCUAGGAUUUGCUACUGUAAAAAUGAACUAGCCAUUGAGCCCACACAGGUUGGUGUUUGUUUCUGACAAUGCUGGUACUGGCAUUUCUGAAGCCUCUGAAUGUAUGGUGGUAGUAUAUACUGUAUAUGUUUGUUUAUUAGCCUAUUUAUUUAUUUAUUUUGUUUGAUUUUUUUAAGAUUGUAAGAAUAAGAAAUUUUUAGUCAUGGAACAGAUCAGAAUAGCGGUAUAUUCAUACUAUUUUGAAAGAAAUACAUAUUUUACCAGUCUGAAGAUUACUGUCAUUGAUAAAAAAUCAUACUCUUUAGAUAAGUAGGAUGACAUGUUUUUCAAUGGCACCAUUACAACUAUGUGAGAGAAUUUUGUAGUAAAUAGGCCUAGUAUGAAUAUGAAAAUUUGGAAAGUGGCAUG